AUGGCGCCUUCACCUUCAACCCCUUUCACCAAACCCCAUUUCCCCCAUUCUCCACUUCCACCAACUUCUACCACUCGCCAUUCCAACUCCUGCACACAGUUCAUCUGUAAAUCCCUCUUCUUCUGCAUUUUUCUCCUCCUCCUCCCUCUCUUCCCUUCCGAAGCGCCAGAAUUUGUCAAUCAAACUUUUCUCACCAAAUUUUGGGAGCUUUUUCAUCUCAUGUUCAUAGGCAUUGCUGUUUCAUAUGGUCUCUUCAGCAGAAGGAACGUCCAGGUGAGUGUAGAUUCAGACGAACCUCGCUUCUCCAAUUUUGAAAAUCCACAGUCGUAUUUGUCUAAGAUGUUUCACGUCGCUUCGAUUUUUGAAGAUGUUGACGAUUUUAGUGUUUCUGAUGAGAGGAAAUUGAGUGAAGUUUUGUACAUUCAGCCGAAUCUUGGAUCUGUGAGUGGUUUAAAUGCUAUAUCUCGUCAGCAGGAAAAUUUUCAUUAUUCAAUACCCAAAAAAAGGUAUGAAAAUUCUCUUGAAUUUGCUGAGACUGAUAAUGUCGGUCAUGCUUGUAAAUCGAGAUAUACUCGUGGUGGAUCUGUGGUAGUUGUUGCUGAAACAAAUCGUAGUAAUUCUGGGGAAUGGUUAGAAUCAGGAGCUAUUGUAAAUUAUAAACCUUUAGGUUUGCCUGUUAGGAGUCUGAAAUCGAGUCUUACUGAACCUGAUGAUGUUGAAUUCGAUUGUGGUGAUGAAUCUUGUUUGAGUUCAAAAAGUUCAUCCAAGAACUCUGAGAGUAAUUGUGAAAGAACAAGUGAAUUUGGUGAUAAUUGUUGUGUAAAUUUGGAGGAGAAGUUUGAUGAAACUGUAAUUGCAUCAAUGUCUCCAUUUCAAUUGCGUGAGAAAUUUGAAAAGAAUAUGAUGAGAGAAAGAAGAGUUAAGAAUGCUGUUCUUCGCCCUUCUCAUUUUAGACCUUCCUCCAUUGAUGAAACUCAAUUUGAAUCACUGAAAAAAUCAACGUCUCUUCAUUCCAAUCUAUCUCAGUCAUCACAAACUAGUUCCCUCUCUUCUCCCCUUUCAUCUAGGACAAGAAAGCACCGUAAAAUGUCGUCCCUCGGUAACAUAUCUUACAAGUCGUCACAUUCUCGACAAUAUAGUUUGAGUUCUCUGUCUGAAAACAGUCGAGGGAGCUCUGAAGACCCUUUGAUUGAUCCAGAAAAUUCAUCAGAAUGCAAUGAAUCCGUCGUAAGUUCCCCACGUUUGGACAGGAAUUUUGCAAAUACUCCAAAAGCUUUAUCCCGAGGAAAAUCCGUAAGAACAGUUAGAGCAAGUACAAGUGCCAUAGAAGAAAUGAAAGCUCAAGAGAUGUAUAGAAAUCAAGUUGAGCAUGAUGACAAUGUAGAGAAUAAGUUUGAAGGUGGGAUGUCACCAUAUAUGAGAGAAGAUGAAACAGGACACGGAUGGCCUGGGAUUAAUAACCUGAAUGCUGCUUAUUCUAACCGUUAUUCGAAGACGACGGCGACCACAACAUUCUCAGGGAUUGAGGAGCAAAAGGAAGACACAGAGAGUCAGGUGACAGAUGAUGGUAAAGAUAACUCUGAAAGGGAGGAUGAUAGUUUUUUUGAGAGUUCAGAUGAAGAAGCUGCUUUGAGCAUGACGGGAGAUUCGGAAUCAGGGGCUCACGAGGUGGACAAGAAGGCGGGGGAGUUCAUAGCAAAGUUCAGGGAGCAAAUACAGCUUCAGAGGAUGGCUUCAGUAGAUAAAAGGUUGAGAGGCGGAUGGGGAUCGUUCAGCAGCACAACCAGUAGCUAUUUUAGUUGA